UUGCCAUGUUUUAUUACUCUGCAUGAGCUUUACCCUUUUUAAUACUGCUGAAUUCUCUAGAGCUUCUAUGUAUAAUAACCAGGGGAAUUUUCAAUUCUUCUGUGAGCUUGAGAGGGAGACGGAGCUUUGUUCUGAAUCCAAAUAUUCAAAAAGUGCAUUUUGACUCUUCUUGCCAAACCUGUAAAAAUGGAAGCAGGAUUGCCUGGAAAAGACAUGCGAAGGUCGAUCAGGGGCAACUACCAGAAUAGGAGGAUGAGUUUUGCAUCUCCCACAUGGAGUUGGGACUCGCUGAGUGUUCAGGCGUCAUUUUCAAUUCCAGGAGGGGAAGCUUUUGAUAGGAGUAGCAGAGAAUAUGAUGAGGAGGAGCUAAUGUGGGCUGCUAUUGAGAGGCUUCCAACUUUCAGUGGGUCGAGGAAGGGAAUUUUGAGGCCAGUUUCAAAAACUGGAAGAGUUUUUCAUAAAGAGGUUGAUGCUGCCAAUCUUGGAAUGCAAGAUAAAAGACUACUCAUGGAAAGUACUCUUAAAGUUGUGGAAGAUGAUAAUGAGCGGUUUCUUCAAAGUAUCAGAGAUCGUAUUGAUAGGGUUGGAAUCGAUAUUCCUAAGAUUGAAGUUCGAUUUGAGCAUUUGGCAAUUGAGGGAGAUGCUUAUGUAGGAUCUAGGGCGCUUCCUACCCUGCUGAAUGCUACCUUGAAUGUAAUAGAGAAGCAUCAUGAGAAGCAUGAUCUCAGUGCCAUCCCAGUGCAAGGCAACUUAGGCAGUGGCUUAGGGCCCAUUUGA